UUUCAGCUCUGCUUUUUUCACGGCUCCAAGGCUGCGCACAAAGGAGGAAGAAAAAAAAGUGCCUGUGUAAGCAAAAAAAUGAGAAAGUUGUGAGAGCUUGGGUGAAAGGAAAAAGAAAGAAGGGGAAAAAACUGCAGACGAGCAGAAGCAACACACACAGGAGGACCUUUGAGAAACUUUGAGCAAGUUUUGAAGACAUCCGUGGGCUUUCAAAAUGGGUUUAGUGUCCAUUUUUGUGAGUGUGUUUUUGCUCCAUUUCAGCCACUUUAAAUCAACAUCAGCUGCCCCUUCUCCUAUCAUCAAAUUUCCCGGCGAUGACACUCCCAGGACAGACAAAGAAGUAGCACUGCGUUACCUGAACACGUUCUAUGGAUGCCCGCAAGACAGAUGCAACCUGAUGGUGCUCAAGGACACCUUGAAGAAAAUGCAAAAGUUCUUCUCCCUGCAAGAGACGGGCGAGAUUGAUGCCAAGACUGUGGAGAUCAUGAAGAAGCCCCGUUGUGGUGUGCCAGAUGUGGCCAACUAUAACUUCUUCCAUAGAAAACCUUUGUGGCAGAAGAAAGACAUCACCUAUAGAAUUCUUGGCUACUCUCCGGAUCUGGACGAGGAAGUCAUCAAUGAUGCUUUCUUCAGAGCCUUCAAAGUGUGGAGUGAUGUCACGCCGCUCUCAUUCAAUCGCCUCAUGGACGGCGAGGCUGACAUUAUGAUAAAUUUUGGCCGUAACGAGCACGGCGAUGGGUACCCAUUUGAUGGCAAAGAUGGCCUCUUGGCUCACGCCUUUGCCCCCGGUCCAGGAAUAGGCGGCGACUCACACUUUGACGACGACGAGCAGUGGACACUGGGAGAGGGCCAAGUGGUGAAGGUGAAAUUCGGCAAUGCGGAUGGAGAGUUCUGCAAAUUCCCCUUCCUGUUCCAGGGUACCGAGUACAACAGUUGCACAUCCCAGGGCCGCGACGACGGCUUCUUGUGGUGCUCCACCACUUACAACUUUGACGACGAAGGCAAAUAUGGCUUCUGUCCUCAUGAAUUGCUCUUCACACUGGGUGGAAACGGCGAUGGCGCCCCAUGUAAAUUUCCCUUCACCUUCCAGGGUGAGAAGUAUGACAGCUGCACCACCACGGGCAGAGAUGACGGCUAUCGCUGGUGUGCAACAACUGAGAAUUAUGACCAGGACAAAAGCUAUGGCUUCUGCCCUGAAACCGCUCUGUCAACCGUGGGAGGUAACAGUGAAGGCGGCCCCUGCGUCUUCCCCUUCACCUUCCUGGGAGACACUUACGACUCCUGCACCACGGCCGGACGCAGUGAUGGCAAGAAGUGGUGCGGUACGACCAAAAGUUACGAUGACGACCGCAAGUGGGGUUUCUGCCCAGACCAAGGCUACAGUUUAUUCUUGGUGGCUGCUCAUGAGUUUGGCCAUGCCCUUGGAUUGGAGCACUCCGAUGACCCUGGCGCACUCAUGGCCCCCAUCUACACCUUUACCAAGGAUUUCAGACUCUCUAGCGAUGAUAUCAAGGGCAUCCAGGAGCUCUACGGCAUUCCCACAGACAAGCCUCUUCCUCCAACCGAGGGACCCGUGACACCCAUGGACAUCUGUACGGAGCCCAUUACUUUUGAUGCCGUUGCCCAAAUUAGAGGAGAGACGUUCUUCUUCAAGGACAGGUUCCUGUUCAGGUCAGUAAACUUCAGAAGCAAGCCCAAAGGACCAAUGCUGGUGGCCACCUACUGGCCUGACCUGCCCAGCAAGAUAGAUGCCGUCUACGAAAACCCAGUCGAGGAGACAACAGUCUUCUUCUCAGGCAACGAGAUGUGGGUAUACAAGGCUGAUGAAUUGGAGAGAGGCUACCCCAAGAGCCUCGACAGCCUCGGCCUGCCAAGCGACCUGGAACAGCUUGACGCCGCUUUCAGCUUUAGGAAGAACAGGAAGACGUACCUCUUUGCAGGGGAGCAAUUCUGGAGAUAUGAUGAAAAUUCACAGACAAUGGACAGCGGUUUCCCGAAACUCAUUGCUGAAGCUUGGAAUGGCAUCCCGGAUGGUGUUGAUGCUGCCUUCAGUCUCAGCGGAAUUGAUUACAGCUACUUCUUCAAAGGCAACCACUAUUUCAAACUGGAGGACAGCAGCUUGAAGAUCGUCAAGUUGGGCGAAAUCACAAAGGACUGGCUCGGCUGUUGAGCACGUCGGGCUAAUUCCUGUGACAAGGACUAUGCCGCACACAAUCAUAUUCGACCCGAGGCCGCUGCGCUGCAGGUUAUGUUUUAAUCCUGCAUUGGAAGCCUCCAUUGGACUUUCUACACAGUGAAACACAGCCUUUUUUUUCUUACAUGUGACAUUUAGCGUGUCACGCCGAUGCACAUUUACUAUAUCAUGUACUCUUUCUUUUGCAUUGUUCUUUGUUUUUACUUUAGUUUUUAAUAGAGACAUCAGGUAUGUCCACACUGCACUGAACGCAGUGCUUUUAGAGUCCUGUGAGAUGAGCUUGUUGUGAACGGCAUAAAGAGUCCAAGUUUGGCUGAGAUGAAGCCAAUGUGUGCCAUGUGGUUUUAUAAGAAAUGUAUCAGUUUUAACUGAAGUUCAUGUGCUCUUGGUUGUGCAAUACAUAAAUGACUUUUGCACGAUCUCUGUGACCGAAUAUGGUGCUUUAGAAACUUUCUUAAGAAAAUUUACACAAUGGAGUGGCAAAACUAAAGGAAAGGCUUACACAAAUGUCGGUACGAUCUUUUUUUUGACACACAUUUGUAUAGACGUGCAUUUUUAUAUUAUUUGUAAUGUCUGAUUUGGGGGAAUUUCCAGGAGUAAUAUGUUUAGGCACACAUUUUUUUUCCUCUUGGUUAGCACUUUGUAAGAGCUUUGUUGUUUUAGUUUGGUAUGGAGGGAUUGAAGGCACAGGUUGCCUCUUUAGGUCGUGUAGAUUUGCUGCAUGAGGAAAUCAUGAAAAGAGUACCCCAGCAGUAUUGCAAAAAAAUAAAAUAGUAUCUUUUCGUUUGUUUUUCCCUCAACUUGUCGAUACAGUUGUAAUUUUUUGUCUUGGUUGCCACGCUUGUGCACUUUGUUAAUGACAUCAAUAAAAUGGUAUUAUAAGGUAAUAA